AUGGCGAACAAUAGGGCAUCGACGUAUACGCAAGCUACGACAUCAACGGAUGAUGAGGAGAAGAAGGAUAUGUGGUCAUCUAUGUUGGAUGGAGUAGCUAGUGGGAAAAGAUUACCGGAGAAGAAUAUCCUUGUGCUAGGAGGGACCGCGGAUUCACAGAAAGAAUUUUUAGAGGCUUUGUCGGUGGAUGAGACUAGGAAAUCACAGGAUAGACAGAGUAGCAAACAACCUCCUAUUGCAAACAACUUUGCUCUGGGGUACACAUAUCAUGAUGUUUUGGAUGCAGAUCAUGAAGAGAAAAUGGAGGAGGUUAUGAUUAGUUGGAGGGAUAGAGGGCGCGGUGGGAGUAGCUUGGAUGGUGGGGGAAGUACUGCUACUGAGGGAGAUGUUAGCCUGCCUUUGGGUCCCGGAGAAUGGGAAGAAGCCUUGGGUUUACCGCUAUGUGUGGUUUGUCAAAAUUCUGACAAAAUCGAAAGGCUGGAGAAAGAACGUUCCUGGAGGGAAGAUGAAUUUGACUUCGUUCUGCAGUUUUUGCGCACAACCCUCCUCAAGCAUGGGGCGUCCCUCAUAUACACAACACCUGGGGUUAUUAGUCCACUGCAAGGUUUAAUACACUCGUCUCUCGGCAUACACUCUCUCCUCAAAAAGCAACCUAUUAGGCACAAUCUCAUUGAUCGCGACAAGGUAGUCGUGCCACCCAAUUGGGACUCCUGGGGUAAAAUACGAGUAUUGCGCGAAGGUUUCAACGUGGAGGAAGUGAACAAAGGCUGGUCAUUUGACAUUGAAGAAGAUUCAAGCAGUGAUGAUGGUACACACUCACAACCACCAGAAUCUGUUGCUGAGAGCGCGGUCUCAGCAUAUGAAGAAGUUAUCCGGGAUCCCAGUCUCGAUGCCUUGCAAGCGACAUCUGCAGAAUCACAAGGUCUUAAACUAGAGGUAUCCAGCCUUGAUGCUCAAAGCUUCCUAGCUUCGCAAGUCGAAAUCCUACAUAAAAUUAGUCAAGGACCAGAUGUCUCGAGCGUGGAUAGUAGUCGUUUGGUUAAUGGCCGCAAGGUGUCGAGUGAGUAUGGCAAUGGCGAGGAGAAGACAUCUGAUGAAGGGAGGGUUAGUGAACAUAUUGGACCGGUGCAGUUCAAUAUGGGAGGUAUUCAGGUCGAUGCCGAUGAUAUGUUGCAAAGAUUACGGGAGCGACAAGCAUAUUCUUCACCAGAGGCAACGACACCAGGCGCACGUAUCGACCCAUCAGCAGAUGGAAAGGUUCAGAACGAAGCAUUAGCAUCUUUCUUCGCCGGUCUAAUGAAACGAGGUGGCAGCGCACAGAAUGGUCCUAAACCAGGAGCUUCGUCCUAA